AUGAGCUCGAUGGAGGUUGCUGUUUUUGUUUUUCUCGGUAUUCUUUUUGCUUCCGCUCAAAAUACGAUGGUUAGUUCUGGGGGCUGCACUGUUAAUGUAAGUUCAAUCGCAAAACGAAUUAGUCUGUGAAAUGGUAUUUGUAAACCACGGCUAAUUCUUAGAAUGACAUUGUUUAUGAAUGCGAUGGGACGCGCCGACCGCUGACUGAAGAUGAGAAAGAGGACAUAAGACAGUGGAAUGUGGACUUUCAGGAGCACAUGAGGAAACAGGUAGGUCAACGAAGAAAAUUUUGAUUCUAGGUUUAUUUAUCAGUCUGUCGGAAAAAUAACGGCGGAUCGUCGCAGCAAAAUGUGUCGCCUCGCCGCUAUCGCGCACCAAAUCCCAAGCCGCAGCUUGCAGUCGGAAAGCGAUGAUGGGCGAUACCGAGACGCGACGAUCCGCCGUUAUUUUUCCGACAGGCUGAUAUUACGCUUUUUUUUAAAAGCGCGUAGAUUUUUUCCCGCGCGCACAGUGCAUUUCGAACGUUUUCCCACGCUUGUCGCCAACGCACAGUGCAUUUUUAUUUUUCUCUUUUCGCACAGUGCAAACCUCCAAAAAAGCCGUUUGCACUGUGCAAAUUCCUGGUGCUGUCGCAGCGAUAUUCCAAAUGCACAGUGCGAAAAACAAAAAAAGGAAAUGCACAGUGCAGAAUGAGCGUUCUGCACGGUGAUUUCUGAACUAUUUUGCACUGUGCAAUUGUCUGUCGCGCUCACAUUCCGGUUGCACAGUGCAAAAUUUCAAUUGCACGGUGCAAAAUUGGGGUUUUCUUGCAUGGUACAGGCCCGCGGCAAAAAUUCUACGCGCUUUGAAAAAGUUUAUCAGUCUGUCGGGAAAAUAAUGGCGGAUCGUCGCACCUUGGAAUCGGCCAUCAUCGCUUUGCGACGGCGAGCCGCGGCUGGGGUUUUGGUGCGCGGCUGCGACGAGGCGGGACAUUUUGCUGCGACGACCCGCCGUUAUUUUCCCGACAGACUGAUAGUACAUCAUUGAGAACUCUAAACGAUAUUUCCCUUUUCCAGUUCCCACCGGGAUUCCCGUUCGUCCGCGGCGAGCCCAGUGAUCCGCCACAGAUGAGAUCUCCGUGCAAAACAUGCAGUAAUGGUGGUGGAAUUAACAAUUACAACAUCAAUUCCAGUCCAUUCAGUCGUGUCUUCAGGCAUGUUCAGUGA